UUUGUUAUCAUGAUAAUGAAGGUAAUAUUCGGUUUAACGUGAGUAGCUCAUACAAAUUCGGGCCAGAGUCGUUGUUUCAUUUCAGCAUCAUUAGUAGUGAUAUAGGAUAGUAUUGCUAUAAAGAACUUUCGGAUUUAACAAUGUACAACAACAGAUAUAACUACAAUAACAAUAGGGCUGGUCCAAGCCGGCAUUUGUUUGCUACUGCUCCAAAUCCACAACCACAAGACGAAACGUAUUCAUUUUAUUAUAACGAUUAUUUACCAAGAAACCAAAUUCCUCUGAAUGUUCAGCAGCAACCUGAAAAACGCGAGAACCCUAGACGUGACAACUAUAAUCGAGAUCGUUCAGUUCAAAAUCAGAACGGGCCUAAUCAGCAACCGGAAUUAUAUCGUGAGAACUAUAAUCGGGAUCGUCCAGUUCAAAAACAUAAGGGACUCACUGCUUCUCCAAAGAGAAAACAAUACAUUAACACCCAAUUUCAUGCUAACCGCGGGCGUGACAAUAGAGAUCAUGAAGGUCGAGAACACCAGAAUUUCAGCAAUUUCAGAAAUUUGAACAUUCAGUUGAGAGAAGAACCACCCCUGCAUGUUGUGAAGAAAAAUGACAUAACGAAUCAAAGUGUUGCUGCAACAAAUUCCAAUGUAAAUGACAACAAAUUUUACAUAUGCCCUGGUUGUUCCUCAAAGUUUGAUUGUUUUGCAAGAUACAACUAUUAUACAGGAAAAAUUCCAUUUGUUCUCAACUGCAAACAUACCCUCUGUCAAGAAUGUAUCUACAAAUCUGUUUUAAACAAUUCUUUACUAUGCCCUGUGUGUAAGAAACCAUCAGCUCUACCACCCAAUACAAGCAUUGAUAAUCUCCAAACAGCUUUUUUGCCCAAUUAUCACUUGAUUGGUUUGAUUCUAUGGUCCAAGGCACAGGUUAAUAGUACCAAGUUCAAUCAUAUUCUGGUGUCUGCAGAACCUGUCUCUAGGAAAAGUUUGGGCAACAUCUUUGAUGGAGUGGAACAAGAAAGUGGAGAACAAUGUUGCUUCCACUCCUGCAACAAACCUGCAACAUUGCGCUGCCAAGAGUGCAAUGAUGUUUAUUGUGUCAACUGCUCCACUGUGGUCCACAAAAGCGCCAAGUCUUUGUGGUCUCACAAACAAACCACCAUCACCAAAAGGGCCGUCAAUCUGGAGCUGGAAAAGUGUAUGGAGCACAAUAUGGACGUGGUAUAUUUCUGCAGAACAUGUGAAUUGAAAGCUUGCUGCUACUGUAUCAUAGAGCAACAUGAAGGCCAUGACAAGGAUAAUCUGUCCAGAUUAAGUGACUCAGAGAUGGAGGAAUUACAAACUUUUAAAACCAAAGCACAAACAAUUCUAAGGCAGCUGAUAAUCUCUAGAAGACGAAUUGAACAUUUGUAUAACUAUAAUACGUCCAAGAUCGAGGAAAAAAUUUGCAAUUUUUUUGUUAACUAUCACGCGAAAUUGCAAUUUGUGGAGAAAAAUCUCAGAAAGGAAGCUUCGAAUUUGGAAGACGAGGAAGAUAACCACAAAGAUCUGGAAGGAAUCAAUUCCAAUUUGACGAAGGCCAUAGAAAAAAUGACAAACGUCGUAGCAAUUUGUGAUGACAUGGAGCACAAAAAACUCAAUCUAAGGGAACUUUUGAGUACUUUGAGGGAGGUCCAAAAUACACCUUGCUAUUUGAUCAAUCUGAAUAGUACAGGAAUCGAGCCGAUUGAGUUCAUCGUGGAUUCGGUAGCAGAAAAUAUUGAAGAUUAUUUCAAGCUAUCUAGAAAUACCGAGUGUGAAUACAAACUAGUUGGAGAAAAUGAUUUACCUCCAGAUUUCCGGAAGGACCCUCUAGAAUUGCAAUAUGAAAGUGAUGCGGAAAGUUGCAUGAGUUCUAUGAUUAAAUCUGUGAAAAGCGAAGUAUCCAAGAACAGCAAGAAAAAAUCGCCGAACUCCAAAAUGAUUAUCGGUAAACCUAAUUUAUCAGACAUUGAAGAGAUAGAAGUCACUCAUAUCGAAUCUUUGGAGUGCUUCUAUGUCCAAAUAAAAAAAAUGCAGCACAGAUUCAUGCAGAUGAAUAAAGAGAUUGACAACUACAUCAAAAUGGGCGCUGCUACCGUCGACCAACCCCAACUAAAUGAACUAUAUCUGACCUUGUAUGUGAGACACAGAGAAAAGAUUUGGUGUAGAGGAAGGGUUAUUGAAUUUAAAAAUGGAGAAACGGAACCCUUGUACGAAGUACUUUUCAUCGAUCGUGGUAGUACUCAGACAGUUGAUAUCACAAGGUUCAGGGAAAUAACACAGGCAUUGGCUCAGCCCAAACCCUUCGCUAUAUCGUGCGAACUUCAAAACCCUACGUUCGUGAACUGGGGCAAAAACGCACACGUCUACAUGGGUAAAAUGAUCAACGGGAAAAGAGUGUACAUGUCGGUCAAAAACAUCAAUAGCGGUGUGCACAUCGUCGAUUUGAUGGUAUCCUCCUCGGAUGGUGGACUAACAUCUAUCGUGGAUAUUUUGAUAAAUACCUGCAGUAACCCUUUGGAUACCAGCAGCGAUAAUGACAGUCACAGUGUUUGUUCGCAGAAAUUUUCGUAUGCACCAACGAACACGAUAUACAGUAACAGUAUGAAAUUUGAGAAAAGCCAAGUAGAGAAUGUGAUAAUAGCGAAUAUCGUGGACCCUCAUCACAUCUUUGUUCAUAUCGAGAAACAUGCGGACUCGUUGAUGAAAUUGACGGAGGUAUUGAAAACGCACUACAGACAUUCCCCGAAAAAUACAUGCGUUCCAAUUGAAGGAAGCUAUGUCGUUGUCGAAUAUAAGGAUGCCAUAAGAGGACACUGGCACAGAGCCCUUAUAAAGAAAGUCGAUAUGAACACAGAGAAAGCGCACGUUUUACUCAUCGAUUGGGGCCACAAUGUACUGGUUUCAUGGGCCAAUAUCAGGGUUAUCAUGGAAUCGUUCACUAAACUGGAAAGCCAAGCGAUAAUGGUGAAAUUGGCCCACAUUGAACCUUUUGGAAGGGCGAACGUUUGGCCAGAAACAGCGUCCCUUUUCUUGCAGAAGUAUUUCAGAAUGAAGGAUGUUUUGAAGAUGAUUGUUCACAGUGUGGAACCCCUUGAAGUUGCGCUUUUCGAAGUAUUAUCCAACGUUGACAUUUGCAUCAAUGCCCAACUGGUCGUAGAGAAUUUGGCAGAUUGUACCGGUGCAAUUUCCCGGACGGUGGAAUGGCCGCGCAACGUGGCCGAACAGAAGGGCUUCACCGACGACGAGGGCCUGGUGGAUUCGCUGUUGAAGCGAGUGGACGACAACGACGACUCGUUCGAAUCGGACGAGGAAGAGGACGAGAAUGCGCCGAUGCGCUCGAAAAUAUCCGUGGUGAAUUUCGUCAAUCCGUCGUUGAUAUUCAUCAAGUUCGCUAUGAACGAGGGUAAGGAGUUCGAGCUGCACAAGGAGCUGCAGGUGCACUAUUCCAAGGAGCGGAAGACGAAGGAGACGUGGGAGGUGGGGGAGGAUUGUGUGGUGUUGCACCAUCUCAGCUAUGCCAGGGGCAAGAUACUGUCGCAGGAGGAGAACAGUAGGUACAAGGUGAACGUGUACGAUAAGCCGGCGGAGGUGUCUUUUCCGUUGACGAAGAUUUUCGAGUACUCCAAGUACUUCAACAGGUUCGUCAGCGUCGUGUUCAAGGCGCAUUUGGCCGAUAUCAGACCGGCCGGCGGCGAUAAAUGGAGUUUGUCUUCGAUCGAGGCCUUGGAGAGGGUUUUCGAAAAGUACAAAGACAUAUACGGCACCAAAGUAUCCGGCGACAACACGACCAAAUCGAUCCCGAUGCACAUGUGGUACACCCAAAUCAAGAUGGGCGGCGCUCUCGAAGCCUCCAAGACCAAAUUCAUCAGCGUCAACAAUCGACUGGUCAAACUGGGCUACGCCUACAAGAUCGCCCCCAAAGAAGAUUCCGUCAGCAUCAGCAGCAAAAGCAGCAAACAAAGCGAAGAAGCCGGAUCUGUCACUUCGUUCGCUUCCGUAUUCGAAAAACUCGCCAAAGAAUUGGAAGAGGUGAAAUCCGGAGCCGAAACUGAAGAUGCCGCGCCGGAAAAAGAGAAAACGUCGCCGUUAGGCUGGGCGGAAUUGGUGGAAAUGGAGGAGAAAGCGGCCAUCAAGAAAAAGGGGGAAGGCAGGAAGGGCAAGGGCAAGGGGAAGGGUAAAAAGAGCAGGGAUGCGGAGAAGGAGGAGGGGGACAAAGAAAGCGAAGGGAAAGAAGAGGAAUCGUCUCCGUAUCGUACAUAUAGCGAGGCGGAAAUCGAGGAUUGGAUACCUGCGUUCGCUAUCACGAAGGUGGAGUUCAAUGCGCGCGUCACCUGCGCCGAAACGGAGGGCAUCCUCUAUUUGCGCGACGAGGAACUGCAGAGCGUUUACGAGGUGAUGGAGAAUAACAUAAAAGGAUACUUCGACAAGCUGCCGAAGAGGUCGCACAUCGACCACAAUUGGGAGCCAGGCCAGCUGUGCACCAUCUCCUUCAACGACUACUUCUACAGGGGGAAAGUGUGUCAGGUGAACGGGCCCGAUGACAUAACGGCCAUCAUGAUCGAUUUCGGCAGCGAUCACACGCUCAAGGCCAAGGACUUGUACCGAGAGAUAAUGUUCCCCAAGAUCCAGGCGUUCGCCUCGAAGGUGAAGCUGCACCGUGUGUUCGGCAAAUCGGGCAGUUGGCUGUCCUCCGACUACGAGUGCCUGUUGGACAUCAUCACCGAGAACGCCAAGAUCCUCAUCAAGGGCCCUCUCGAUGUCGAGGUGCCCGAGGCGGAAGUCUUCACCGACGAGGGGCUCAACGUUAACCAGGCGCUGGUGCAACGUUGCCCGAAUUUGACCAGGUGCGAGGGAAGCAAGGACAGCGAAGAGUCCGACGACGAUGGAGUGGUUAUAGAGGAGGAGUCCGUCGUUGAGGCUGAGGAGGAGGGAGAUGACAAAGACAUUUCAGGGGACGAUGACGCCAGCACAGUAGAUACUACCGCGAUGAAAUACAACCAGGAACCGCUACCGGCAAAAGCCUUCACCGACAAAAGCAUAAUGACCGUGAUGGCGGUACUGACCUACAACAAGGUGGUACUAAAAAACCCCUCGAAAAAGCUGCCGCCCGCCUUUUUCGCCCUCAGCUCGAAAAUCCAAAAGGGCAUUAAAAAACAACCGGUCCUGGAGAAAUUCGAAGUCGGCAUGGCGUGUGUCUGUCGCUACGCAGAAGACGGUAUUUGGUACCGGGCGCAAAUCUACAAUAUAGAUGGCGUGGAUUGCAACUACGUGUUCGUUUAUUUCGUGGACUUUGGCAACGUGGAUUCCGUGUCUACGGAGGAGAUCAAAAUGAUGCGGCCGGAAUGGUUCGAUCUGCCUGUUCCUUGCCACAUUGCGCUGGUGGAUAUCGCGUUGAAGACGGACAAUCAUUUGGAGCAUGUGCAUCAACAUACGAGGAAGAUGUUUGGGAAGGAUAAGUUCGUGCGGGUGGUGGAGAAGGAGCCGCUGCUCGUGGAAAUUUUCAAUGCGGAUGAGGUUUCGUUUUAUCAAUCGUUGAUUGAUAGUGGUAUCCUGAAGAUGAAGUAGAUUUUUUUUAUUUUUCGUUCGUUCUCUUCAUUCCAUUAGAGUUUUCGUUUAUUUUUUUUAUUUUUUCAAGUUACAUUGAUUGUUUCAUGCUGAAGAGUAGAGGGGUCACGCAUUUUAUUUCUCGAACCGAAUUCAGACUUUGAUCACAGAAUUCCUGCAUAUUAUCACAGAAUUAGCUAAUUCUUCUGUGAUAAGUUGUCGGAAUUUUGUGAUACUAAGUCGCAAUUUUCCGAGAUCUAAGUCCCUUCUAUGCUUUCAUAGUUUUAUGUUAUGUUUCAAACUUGUAUAGAGUUAAUGUCUAAGUUGUGAUUUGUAUUGAUAAAGUUUACAAUACAAUGUUUUUUCC